AGAGCCAACAAAAGGCUGCAUGCUUACAUAGGCUCCACCAACAGCUGCCCAAGUGAGACUGCACAGCAGAGCGCAGGCAAGAAGGGGGGAAUGGAUUCAAGUCCGACAGUGAUUUCAGCAGCUGAAACCUACAGCCGUUUCACUGCUGGUAACCAGAGAAUAGAAGAGUGAAUCACGUCUUCAGUGGAUUUAUUCAGCCUCCCUUUUUUUUUGGAAAUUGGAAAGAAGGCUAUACGUUUUUACCAGAGCUACCAGCCUAUUUUGGAGUCAUGUUCCCUGCGUUUUCUCUGCCCAUGAAAGCGGAGCGCAGUCGAAAUAAGGAGCGGCUGGAGGCAAGUCUGGCCGGCCUGUGCGAGCUGGAGCUGCUGAAACAGAGGCAAGAAUGCAGGGUGCUGAGCGCUCUCUGCCUCGGAGAGGCUCCUGUUCCUGGGCGUCCGCCUUGGGGAGCUCUACGGUCGGCACGUUGCGCCCUGGACUCACCAAACAGCAACGCGUCGGAUUCAUGUGGCCUCGGGUUCCAAUCUAGCAGUAUUCAGUGUACUUCCUGGGGUAUAAAGUCGUCUUUAGAACAGCAGGUGGCGGAGCUGAAGGUGAAUACUGAGGUCAAAUCAGCAGAAUCUCCUGCUGAUCUGGAGGACAGGCGACUCAGUUCAGAAGUCGUAACCAGGCAAAAUGGAUCUCCUGAAUACAAUUACCACCCUGUGGUCCCACGUUCCCUUUCAACUCCUGAGGGGACAGAGGAGACAGAGACAGAAGAAUCAUGGCUGUCAGAUACAACAAGACAGGCCACGGUUACUGAUGCUUAUGGGGAGAUGAGGGAUGUUGAUCCCAGUGAGGAGGAUUAUCAACAAGCCCAAAAGAUAGAGACUUAUAUAUUUGGAUUGAUCCAACGCCGAGCUUUUCCCACACGCCCCUCAAAGCCCCGCACUAGCCUGGCACAUGAUGCCCGAGCUGUCAGUGUGGUGAGGCAGAGUAGUUUAUGCUGCAAGGAGGAGAAAUAUUCACCACAGCAGGUGUCUGUUCAAGUGAUCUCAACUCCAUCCCAGUGUUCAGAGGGAACUGCUUCACAGGCUUGCCAUAACUUGGAUCAGGAACAUUAUCUAGGGAUAGAGUUCAAUGAAGAUGCCUUACCCCCAUACCACCACCACCUCCAGCAAAGUGUCCAGCAUCAACCAGGCUUUUAUCACAAGCCCAGGCAGGCUUUAAUGGUAAACACCUCCCGUUCAACCUCGCCAGACUAUCAGUCUUGCAGUGUGCUGCAAGCCCAUCAAGACUCCAGCAAUAGCGAGCAUGAUUCACCCCAACAUUUCCAAAACUACCAUUCCCCUCCAGCUCUGUCAAAGCCUCACCAUUCAUCUCCUCCUGAUGAGCAGCUGGUCAAUGCAGAGUAUAUUCCAGCCCAGCCCUGCCGAGCCUCCACCAGAGCUUAUGCCCAUCAUCACUCCAACCCCCAAAAGGGCUCUGGGGUGCCAAAACCCAACCGAAGCAGGCUUUCUCCAGAAAGAGGCCAUCAUCAUGAAGAGCAGCAGCCAUCAGCAUCUCAGAUCCAACCCUCCAGGUGCCGAGGGGGCCCAAAGAAGUGUCGUUUGAAUGAAGACAGAGGUGGUGCCAGCAGGAAGCCGGGGAGGAAGGCAUGUAGGUCUCAGUCAGAAAACAGCAUGCCAGAGCGCAAGUACAAUACAGUAGAGAGGGAUGGUGGAGGAAGUGGAAGUGGUGGAAGGGGAAGUCGCAGUAGUCAAUCCAGGAGCAAGAAACAACAAGGAAGUGGUAGCUACCGCCGCUGGCAGUCCACCCUUGAGCUCAGCCAAGAUGAAGCUGACCAGCCGCCUAUGCAGGCCCCUAUGCAAGGCUCUUCAGCUUCAAACCAAAGGGACCAAUGUGCGAGGCGCACACGCAAAUCUCGUUCUACACCUGUAUCAUAUGCCUACCCACAACGAAACCACAACCACCAAAACCACCAGUCCCACCAUCAUCAGCACAUGGAGUACCACAUACAGAGGGAUCAAAUGCCACUGUGUAAGCCUAGUGAGGACUACCCUCACCCAGGUCACGGUGAGUCUGAGUCCAGCAUGAGUGAGGCUGACUCUCCAGAUUCCAGCUCUUUGUCCAGUGACUCAGAUGAAAGUGGUGGUCUGGUUUGGCCCCAACAACUACCCCCUCAACUUUCCCUUCCAUCACCUCCUGCCCCACCUGGAGCACCUCUACAACCCAAGGCUUUUGUCAAGAUUAAGGCCUCGCAUGCCCUCAAGAAGAAGAUCUUGCGCUUCCGCACUGGUUCACUGAAAGUAAUGACCACUGUAUAAAGUGGAAUAAUAGCCAAACUGAAGGAACAAGAGCUGCAGAGCUUUGGGCUAAAUAGAAUGAUAGACAAACUAUGAAUAUAAAAUAAAAUGGUGAAAAGUAAGUAUAAAAAUCAAUGUGUGUAUGGAAUCUCUCUGAUCUUCGCUGAGUGAAUUGAUUGGAUGAUUUUACAUCAGCCUUAAAAAGUAAUGAAGGAAAUGGCUAUCACCAUAUUAGCCUUUUUGUUUCAAAAGUUGGAUGUUAAAUUGUAUAUGAAGUGUUAUAGUUUACUAAAAGUCUUAUAUUGAUGACUCAUGCUUUGUCAAAGGGUACACUAAAAUGUCCACAUUGGUAUAGACAUGUUUCAUUAACAAAAAUGUUACCCAAGAGUAAAUACAAGACUGUCACACUGCAAAGCGGUGAUAUUAUGGGACCCAAAACAAUUAUUAUUGAAGCUGCCAACAAUGUGUCAAUAGUCAGAGCCAUACUGUGACAGAAAUCAAGAGAGAAUGUUCUGAUGCUGGAAAAAAACAUGUUGAUAAACCAAAGCGGUCCAUGAUUUAGAUUGGAGGUGGUCAAGGCCAUGUAAGAGUCAUGGAGAUGGACAAGAGAAUAUCGAGAUAUUACACUGUCUGGUGCAAAAGAGGAUAUUCACCUAGAUAGCAACUUGCAUAAAGGCCCGAGGCAACUGUCAAGUUGCCAUGACAAACUAAGUCAAUAAGCUCAUAACAACUUUUUUUUUUUCUUUUUAAGAUUUUAAGUUCUUUGGAAAUUGCCAUGAUGAUGAUAUGGUGAAUAGAGUAUUAAUUUUUCAUUAGCUUUAUAUUAGUUAUUUAUUUUUAACUCUGUUGAGUUAAAAACUGUUGAAACUUUAAAUUCAAAUGCAUUAUAAUUUUUAAGUCUAACAAGUGUAACCCCUAUGGAUAAAAGCGGACUAUCAUGACAUGACUUACAUGACCACUAAGUAAGUCAGGACCACUCAUAAAUUUCAUUCAUACCUAAGAGAAAGUAUGAGAAAGUUCUCUAAAAUGUAACUUAACGACGAAUCUUUGUACUAGUGGUUCUUGCAUGAAGCCCAGUGUGUUCUAACUAAAAUCUUGAGUUUUUUAUUGAACAUCCUUUAAGUGUUUGUUAGUAUACUCACUUGGCAUCACACUUUGGACAUUGUUGAUAUUUAAAUUAAUAUUUUAAUGAUUUGCAGAUCAAUAAAAAGCCUAAUGCAUGUUUAAAAAGUAUGUUUUUGUUGCCAGGUUGUCAGCUUUCAUUUUAAAGAAGGAUCCUUUGUCUCCCAGUUUCCCAUGCUGGUUUCUCUCCUAUUCAUCUAUUUUUUUAUAUUCUCUCUAUUCAUUCUUCAACAGACAGUUACACAUGUUCACAUUGGAAACUUAAUGUUGAAAAUACUAUGACCCUACAAUGCUAUGACAGGCCACAGUUUCUUUAUAUUUGGACUGUGAAAUUAUCUUUUGUUGCUAAAAUGAUUCAUUCCUGUUAUUAUGGAAUUGUUAAGUCAUACCGUAUUUAAAUAGGAGGCUAACUUAAGACCUACAUGUUUUUCUUCAUAUACAGCUAUAAAUAAUAAAACGGAAGUAAAUGUAUCUGUCAGACAUGAGGAAAUGUGACUACAGUCAGGGGUUAAAGUGGGAUAUGGCAGGUUGGGGAACCCUAAG